GGAGAGAACUGGUUUUGGCAGUUUCGAUGAAGAAAUUAUUACACACUCACACACACACACAUGCACGAGCACACAGAGCCAGAGGGAAACGUCAGGAGGGAAGAGUGAGGCCGGACAUGUUAGAGUUGUGUUUGUUAGGAACACACGUGGGAAAAAGAGAGAGAGCGAGGGACUGAAUGAAAGCAGCUGAGUUUAAAGGAAAGCUUCUCAUGAAAAGAGGGCUGGAGGAGAAGAGGAUGAAGGGAAGAAAACACAGAGGAAGAGAAUAGAACAGCGAUGUCUGAGGCGGACAGUCACUCUGGAAAUAUGUCUCUGAUCCAGUCCAUGCUGCGCAGACUGAGCACUGCAGAAGACACGGAUCAACCUCCUAACAUACACUCGAACACACACCGUAACACACACCAACACCUCAGAACCUCAGUGGAAACAGACAGGGGAUUCUAUGUGACCCCUCAGGACCACAAUAAUGCAGAGCUCAAAUUCAAAGGAAAGCUUGCUGAAGUGAUUGAGGAUGAUGAUGAUGAUGAUUGUGUUGAUGAUGACAAGGAUCCACAAUUGAAAGUUCCGACUGAAAGGGACAACGAUCCGGAAUCAUCAGACAGAGAUUCAGAAAGAGAAGAGGGGAAUUCCGGUAUUCCAUUUUUGGAUGCAGGAUUGGAAAACCUGGGCAACGAGGAGGAAGAGGAAAACAGCGAAACCCCCUCUGUGAUUCCCAGAUGGGAGGGAAGGCAGUUUCUACCCUGUCCCCCUGGCCUGGAUGCCAGACCCCCGCUUCCCCCCGUUCCCCCCAAGAGGAGGGCUAAACCACCGCUACACCCUACAGGGCCACCGCCCCCUCCACCAGCCCUCGACCCUAGCCGGAGUGCUCCUGUGUGGGGGGGAGUGGUAGGCGAGAGCCCAGGCUGUGAGCUGAGGCCUACAGGGCAUGGGAGAGGGCCUGGAGGACAGAAGGAGGAUAUGCUAUUGUCCUCAGGGGAUAUGCUGUCAAAAUACUCAGCUGUCAUCCUCAAGUCAGAACGCCGAUUCUCACAGCCCAUUCUGGAUUUUACUCUGGGCUCUACAGCACAGAGGGGUGAGGGGGUGCAGCAGUUGGAGACGACUGUGUCCAUGGCAACACAGGACCCUUCCAAGCUGAGGGGAAAGGAUAUAGGGCGCCCCCCUAAAUCCUCUGAGCCGGUGGGGAUGGGGGUAAGGGGGAUACCCCAACCGUUGGAAUUGACCCCACCCAAGCCACUUAUAUCAAAACCUCCACGCAAAAACAGAUCUCUGCCCCAGGGACCUGAGGGGAGAGUCCAGGACAGCCCAGAUGGAAGUGCCUCUUCUGGGUCUGAAACGAGAGACAUCCCCCCUGGCUUCCAGUCUGUAGCUCCAGGGACAGAGGGAGUCAGAGAACCACCAGAUCCUAGCGAACACAUCGCAGAUGGGAGCGAGAGCUCCAGAACCCCUGCAGAGAUUCGGAGUAACACGGAGGAGGGAGGUUUGUUAGAGGUGGGGAGGAAUUUAGAAGGCACACAAGAAGUUGUAGUUCAGGACACUGCAACAUGGGGUGGUGGGGGUGUGCUUGGGUCGAAACACCCGAAUAUGAAGAAAAUGAAGGGAGGAAAGCUGAAGAAAUUUACCAAGAAGAUGAUGAGCAGAUGGAAGGAGAGUCGAGAGGAGAAGGGAGGAAAUGGAGAGAUUCAGGAUGACGACGGAGAAAGAGAGGUGGAGAGCGAAAUGCCGUUAGUGCAUCUCCAUCAAGAUCGACAUUCAGCCAGGUUGCAUGCUAAUAUGUCUGUCAUAGAGGAAGAGGAGGGGAAAGAGGAGGAGGAGAAGAGGAGUGGUGAGGCUACACAGGAGUCGCCAACGAUGGAGCGGCCCAGCCAAGCUGAGACGGAGAGGAAGCCUGUGGGACACCAUGCACGUUUUCAGAGCUCCUUCAGCUCUUUCAAGUUCAACUUCAGUCCCAUCAGCUUGGUGGACGAGAUUCUAACAGGAGAUGAGUGGUCACCAUUCCUGUCUAUAAGGGACAGUCCAGCCCCCUCACCGUCCGUUUUCCAAUCAGAGGUUGCUAGCCAACACAGUUAUGAUGAAGGCGACCAAUUAAAGACUGGACCAGAGUUGCGUCUUCCCAACGACGUUCAACACAACCAUGAGGACAUAGGCUUUUCUUUAUACGAGGCUGUCAGCUUCAGCCAAUCAAGACCGAAUGAGAUUGUGGACAACCAAUCGGACAACAGACAACAGGAAGUAGACAACAACAAUGACACAGGAGCUGAUGCCAUUGCUGUCAUCAAACCGAAGAUACUAUUGGAAAAUGAUGCAGCGGAGGAGAGUGAGUUGGACCACUCCAGACCCAUAUCUAAGGACAUCCAUGACACUGUUGAAUUAUGCAAGUCCCCCAUAAGGACCCAAUCAAAGGACCUUCUUGACUUCCUCUGUGUUGAGUCACUUGGAGUUCUGGACAGUUCUGCUCAGAAACAUAAAAUUCGUCUGAGCAAAAAGAGAAAGCACAGACUUCCGGGGCUAAAGAAGACAAAAACAGAGACCUUCAAUGUAAGAUGCACUGCAAUCAAAGCCCCUGAAAUCAAAUUCCUCAACCCCUCUCCUCCUUCCACACUCUCCCCCACAUCACUCCCUUCUUCCUCCAUUCCUUCCUCCUCCCUCUCUUCCUCCUCUUCCUGCUCCUCUCCCUCCUAUGUCUUUCCGUCCUCUUUCUACAACAUCCCUACGUCCGCUGAAAAACAGGACCCUGUGACAUCACCGACACAGGACAACCUCUCUGUUAAGACCACUGAAAGCAGCAGAAAGCCAGGUUCAAGUCCCAAGCCGCCUCUGUCCAAAUUCAUGACAGUCCUGAAAGACAAAACCAAGAGGAAGCUUAAAAACUAGUUACAGUCUUGUCUCAUCGCAGCAACUCCCAUAUGGACUCGGGAGAGGAGAAUAUCAAGAGCCGUGCAUCCUCUGAAACACAACCCCAUCAAGUCGCACUGCUUCUUGACACAAUGCCCACUUAACCCGGUGUGUUUCCUCUGGUUUUGAACUUUUGCCUGUCCACGACCAUUCUCUUGCACCUUAAACUCCAACCAUCUGCCUCCUGUGUCUGCAUUUGGGUCUCGCCUUGUGUCAUGAUAAUGCAAAGCAAAAAAUAAGGAACAUUUGCAAACUGUAUUCUGAAAAAUAACCUUGCCAGAGUGUGGACUAGGUUGCUUCUCCCCUUUUCAUACUCCCUCUCUCUCACACAUUUGGUACUCCCCUCUUUUAUAGCAAAUGUAUUCUCACCUCCUGCCUGUAAUUCCCUGUAAAAUGUUUUUAAUACAUCUACAGUAAUAGUGGAAUGAUAGUGUUUCACAAUAUUUAUUUAUUGUGGCACAUAAAAUUGCAUUUUAAUGGUGCACCCUUCUUAUUGGUCAAUAAAAGACGGACACCUGGUU